UAGUGUUUCUUCAACCUAACUUUCUUUUUUUUAAUACCUCAUACUGACCCCCCUUACACCAACCCAAACACCCACCCACCCCUUAUCCUUCUUGUUCAAGACAUGGGUGUGCAAUGAUUUGCAUUUGGGGGAUAAAACCCUCAGUUUAGGAGUGGAGAGGGGUAUUAGGAAGCAGAAUGGUUGGGAGAAAGGUACUUCUGCUUUUCCAAGGAUUUCUUCUGCUGGUCUUGUGUAGACCCUCCCUUCAAGGAGGAGUUUUCCUGCCAGCUGGUGGAGGGGGCGGACCUGGAGCUGGAUUAGGUGCUGGUGUUGGGCCAGGAGCUGGUCCAGGAGGUGUUGGGCCUGGAUUUGGUCCUGGUGCUGGUUUUGGAACAGGGCCAGGAACUGGAAUCAGACCUGGAUCCGGAGUUGGUGGAAUUCCUGGUUUGACACCAGGAAAGACAGGAGGCUUUGGAGGUGGUGGUGUAGGUCCUGGCGGACUGGGUGUUGGAGGUGUUGGCCCUGGAGGUUCAGGGGGAGUUGGGCCUGGUGGUUUUGGUACUGGACCUGGUGGUUUUGGUACUGGGCCUGGUGGUUAUGGUACUGGUCCUGGACAAGGAGGUGGAGGGCUGGGUACAGGAGGACUUGGUGCUGGUGGAUUAGGCACUGGAGGCCUUGGAUCAGGGCAAUUUGUCAAGCCACCUAAAACAGGAGGUUAUGGAGGUCUAUCAGGCGUUGGACCAGGAGGCAUUGGACCAGGAGGCAUUGGACCUGGUGGCGUUGGACCUGGUGGCGUUGGACCUGGUGGCGUUGGACCUGGUGGCGUUGGACCUGGUGGCGUUGGACCUGGUGGCGUUAGACCUGGUGGCUUUGGACCUGGUGGUGUAGGACCAGGAGGCUUUGGACCUGGUGGCAUAGGACCUGGUUUCGGAACUGCUGGCCUUGGUGCUGGUGGCAAGCCUCCCAAACCAGGAUAUGGGGGUCAAGGUAUUCCUAUCACUCUUGGAACUGGAGGUGUUGGGGGUGUUGGAGGCCUUGGACUCAGGCCAGGUGGUACUGGCACCGGAGGCUUUGUACCUGGUGGUGCAGGUCUAGGCACUGGUUUGGGUUCUGGUGGGUUAAGCCCUGCUGGUGUGGGGACUGGUGUUGGAGGCUAUGGCCCUGGUGGAGUCGGGCCAGGAGGAGUAGGAAGAGGUGUGGGUGGAAAGCCCCCCAAAAUAGGUGGUUAUGGCCCAGGAGGGGUUGGACCUGGUGGCGUUGGACCUGGUGGCGUUGGACCUGGUGGCGUUGGACCUGGUGGCGUUGGACCUGGUGGCGUUGGACCUGGUGGCGUUGGACCGGGUGGCUUUGGGCCUGGUGGCGUUGGACCGGGUGGCGUUGGACCAGGUGGUGUUGGACCUGGAGCAGGAGGCAGAAAACCUGGGAUACCAGGAUAUGGUGGGCCUGGGGGUUUUGGGCCAGGAUUUGGUGGGACUGGAUUUGGACCAGGUGGUGCAGGAGUUGGUCCAGGUGGGGCAGGACUUGGACCAAGUGGUGCAGGAGUUGGUCCAGGUGGGACAGGAUUUGGACCAAGUGGUGCAGGAGUUGGUCCAGGUGGGGCAGGAUUUGGACCAAGUGGUGCAGGAGUUGGUCCAGGUGGGGCAGGAUUUGGACCAAGUGGGGCAGGAGUUGGACCUGGAGGCACUGGAACUGGGCUUGGUGGAACAGGUGUUGGACCAGGUGGAGCACCAUUUCUCCCUCAAACUGGAAUACCGGGUCCUGGAACUGGGAUAGGAACUGGGGGCAAAGUCGGAAAGCCUGGAAAGGCACCAGUACCAGGCAUUGGGAUACCUGGGCUAUACCAAGGAGGUAUGGUUCCUGAACAAGGUUUUGGUGGUAGAGGUGUUUUGCCAGGUGUAGCUACUGGAUCUCAAACUGGUCAGGUUGGUCAAGAUGUAUAUGGAGCCAACGGAGUCCGUGGAGGCUUUGGUCAACAAUUACCAGGCGUGUUCCGGGGAUAUCCACUCAUAUCACCAAAGUCUGGAGGUGCUGCAAAGUCUCAGGCCAAAGCUGCCAAGUAUGGGGCUGGUGGUGUGUCUGGACUAGGUGGUGGACUUGGAACUGGAGGUGUACCUGGUGCUGGUGGCGUACCUGGUGCUGGCGGCAUACCUGGAGUAGGUGGUGUACCUGGUGCUGGUGGCGUACCUGGUGCUGGCAGCGUACCUGGACUAGGUGGCUUUCCAGGUGCAGGUAGCUUUCCAGGUGCAGGUGGUGUUCCAGGUGCAGGUGGCGUUCCAGGUGCAGGUGGUGUUUCAGGCUCUGGCUUCAUUCCUGGAGCUGGCGGCGCCUAUCCUGGUGGAGCUGCGGCAAAAGCUCGUAAAUAUGCUUCAGGGAUAGGAACUGGAGCUGGGGGACUUCCUGGUUCUGGUUUAGGAAUGGGUGGUCUUGGAGCUGGAGGACUUCCUGGUUCUGGAGUGGGUGGGUUUGGAGCUGGAGGACUUCCUGGUUCUGGAGUGGGUGGGUUUGGAGCUGGAGGACUUCCUGGUUCUGGGGUGGGUGGUGUUGGAGCUGGAGGACUUCCUGGUUCUGGAGUGGGUGGUCUUAGUGGACCCUUCGGUUCUGGUUUAGGAACUGGUGGUCUUGGGUCUGGGCCUGGAGUUAGUCCUGAAGGAUAUGCUGCGGCAAAAGCCAGAAAAUAUGCUCAGCUUGGUGGGGCUUUAGGUACUGGAGGACUACAAGGUGGAGGUGGACUUGGGACUGGUGCACAACCUGGAGGUGGACUUGGUGGGUUUCCUGGUGGAGUGGCUGGGGGACUUCCUGGUGGUGGAGUUGGAGGACUGCCUGGCUUUGGAUAUGGACCAGGAGCUGGUGUGGGACCAGGAGCUGGUGUUGGACCAGGUGCUGGUGUGGGACCAGGUGCUGGUGUGGGACCCGGUGCUGGUGUGGGACCCAGUGGAGCAGGUUUUGGACCUGGACAAGGAGUCUUUCCAGGUGCUGGCUAUGGACCUGGAGGAUAUGCUGGGGCCAAAGCUCGCAAAUAUGGUGUUCCUGGUGGAGCUGGUGGAACCGGAUUGCCUGGAGGGUUAGGAGGAGCACUUGGUGCUGGAACAGGUGUUGGAGGAACUGGACCUGGAGGAGCACCAGCUGGUGGUUACGGACCAGGAGGGGCACCAGUCAGUGGUUACGGACCAGGAGGGGCACCAGUCAGUGGUUACGGACCAGGAGGGGCACCAGUCAGUGGUUACGGACCAGGAGGGGCACCAGUCAGUGGUUAUGGACCAGGAGGAGCACCAGUUAGUGGUUAUGGACCAGGAGGGGCACCAGUCAGUGGUUAUGGACCAGGAGGUGUGCUUGCUGGAGGAUAUGGACCUGGCUCUGGAGCAUAUCCAGGUGGACCCAAGGCCCUAAAAUAUGGUGCUGGUGGGGGUGCAGGUGCUCCAGGAAUUGGUCUGCAGGGUAGGGUGGGAACAGGACCCGCUGGAGGAGUUGGAGCAGGAGCAGGGCCAGCUGGUGGUUAUGGUGCUGUUGGAACAGGAGGUGGGCUUGUACCUGGCUAUGGAACAGGUGCUGGAGUUCUGCCUGGAGGCAUUGGCACUGUAUAUGGGGGGUAUGGAGGUUAUGGAGGUGGACAAAAACCACCUAAAUAUGGACAACCCGGGGCUGGAAGUAUUUCAGGAGUGUUAGUACCAGGAACAGGUGGAACUGGGGCCACAGGCGCUGGAAUUAGACCUGGAACUGGUAGUGUGCCUGGAGGAACACCUAUUCCAGUCAGUCCAGCAUCUACAAGCACAAAUCAAUCUAAAGCUGGAGUUGAUGGCGUGAUUAGCAGCCCUGAUGGUGGAACCAGUGGUCCAGGUGGAACAAAAGCUCCCAAGACUGAAUCUGGAGGAUCAAUAGAAGGAUCAGGUGGGUCUGUUGAAGGUGGUCCGGGUGAAGGUGUUACUGGUGGGCAGACUGAAAUUGAUUUAUUUGAAGGAGUUAAUGGGACAGGAUCACCCAUUUCAGAUAGAACUGCUCCAGGUGGAACAGGAGCACCAAAACUAGAGGGAGUUGAUGUUAGUGGAACCCUACCACGAGUGACACCAUUAACACCACCAGGCACUGCAACUUCUAGAGGUGAUGUCAUAGCUGGACGUGGAGAUACACCAGGCACUAUUGACGGAGGACCAGGCAGUGUGAGCGGUGGUCCAGGUGGGGUCAGUGGUGGACCAGGAGGAAUUUCCACUGGUCCAGGAGGAGUUGCCGGAGGUCCUGGAGGAGUUGCCGGAGUUAAACCUCCUAAAGCUUAUGGAACAGGAGCUCUUGGUGUUGGAGGCGUUGGUCCAGGUGGAGUAGGAGGAGCUGGACUUCUGCCUGGAGGUGGUGCUCCGUUAUCAGGAGGUGCUGGUCUGUUUCCAGGAGGUGGCGGUCCACUAUCAGGAGGUGGUGGUUUGUUACCAGGAGGCGGUGGUCUGCUAACUGGGGGUGCAGGCGCUGGAGCACAGAAACCAGGCAAAAGUUAUGGUGGAUUUGGAGGUUUAGGACCUGGUGGAAUCCAGCCAGGCACUGGCCUCAGGUUUCCAAGUGGGGCUGCAGUGGGCCUCAAACAAGGAAAAGCUUACGGAGGAGCAGGCCCACUUGGUGGGGUUGGAGGCCCAGGCGGAUAUGGAGCAGGACCUGGCUAUGGUGCUGGCCAGGGUGGUUAUGGUGGUGGACAAGCUGGUCCUGGCUAUGGAGGAGCUGGACAAUUUGGUGGGGCUGGAAGAGGUCCUGGAGGAGUUGGUGCUGGUCAAGGAGUAGGACCAGGAGGAGUUGGAGGACAAGGUGGCAGAUAUCCAGGUGCAGGCAUGGGAGCUGGGAAAACAGGUUAUGGAGGUCUAGGUGGAGCAGGAGGUGUGGGAGGUUUUGGAGGAGCGGGUGGGGUCCAAGGAGGUUUAGGAGGAGGUCCUGGAAGCCCCUUAGGAACUGGAGGUCUCAGGUACCCAGCUGGGGCAGGAACAGGGAAACCUGGUAAACCAGGCAAACCAGGUUAUGGCACAGGUGCUUUGGGUGGUCAAGGCUAUCAGCCAGGUGGUGCUGGGCCUGGAUACGGUACUGGUGUAGGUCCCGGUGGUGCUGGGCCUGGAUACGGUACUGGUGUAGGUCCCGGUGGUGCUGGGCCUGGAUACGGUACUGGUGUAGGUCCCGGUGGUGCUGGGCCUGGAUACGGUACUGGCGUAGGUCCUGGUGGUGCUGGGCCUGGAUACGGUACUGGUGUAGGUCCCGGUGGUGCUGGGCCUGGAUACGGUACUGGUGUAGGUCCCGGUGGUGCUGGGCCUGGAUACGGUACUGGCGUAGGUCCCGGUGGUGCAUAUCAACAACAAUAUCCAGGAUUUGGUGGUGGUGCUGGUGGACCUGGAAGUGGCCAAAUGAAAUCUAAACAAGCGAAAGCAGCCAAAUAUGCAGCACUUCAAGGCUUUCUAGGUGCAGGAGGCUCCAGAGGUGGUGCAGGAUGCCCAGGCAAAUACUGCGGAUUGAAGAGGAAGUGAGAUACCAGCAGUGAGAAAUGACCUCAUGAUCAACAAGCGGUGCUACUGCCUAAUCUCAAAUGCACUUUUUUACAGUUAAAAUGUAAUGACGGUGCGUGAUAGAGACUUUGAAAAUACAAUGACUUUUAAACGGUGCGAACUGAACAGGUGUCGUGAACCUCUUUGCACUGUGUAAGAUCUCUUUGCUUUAAAAACUGCAUUUCCUUAACAAAAAAAGCUUUUAAAUAUCUAUGUGUAUUUUUUAAAUUGGCCAUGCCAGCAUGUUCAAGCAGACCACACGGCUGCAGUUACGCCCAUUCCUCUUUUACGGCCUUCUCAGUUUCUCAUUCACACUUACUGUAAGUAGCUGAACAUCCAGACACAUGACGUCUAGGGACGUGCCGCUGCUAUUUCAGGAUGAACCGUGACAGUGAAGGCAGCAGUGUCGUAGGCUAUUAUGUAAUUCCCUCUAGUGCUGUACAGUAUGGGGAGUCUCCUCUCUUUAUAAUACUUAGUAACACAUUGUUUGUUUGUAUUAUUGUAACAAUUAUUAAAUUAAAAUAUGUUUUUAAGGAUAUCUAUGCAUUUAACCUAAAUAGUUUUGGGGUUUGUAAGGGAUACAUGUUGUGUGAUACAUGUUGUGGUCAAGUGCAACUAUUCAAAUGUGAUCUGUAUGUAUGAUCAUGGAAAUUCAUCUAGUCGACUGUCUUGCAAGUUUAUUUGUUUCACCGUUGAGCUUCAGUUGGGUGCACUUGUUACUUAAAAUUUUGUGAACUCCAUCCAGUUUACAGAUUUUUUGUAUGACUUGAUUUUGAUUGGGCCUUUUAGGCAUCAAAUGUUUUUAAAAUAAAUUGUGUAAAACCAAA